AAUGCAUUGCCUCCCCUUUUCUCUCUCCUCAAAACUUUUGGACUCUUGUCCAUUUUAUCAUUACUUCUUUUAACACCCAUUUUGUCUGCUUUAAUUUUGCUUCGUUGGAGCAUUUGAUCACUCACAAAAAGCUUCAAUUUUAACUUUGUAAACAACCCAUUUUUAGUAAUUUUAUUUAAACCCAUUUAAAAAUUUUAUUUUUUAAAACUGAAAUUCUGAAAACUAGUCAUGGAUUCAAAAAUUUGAAUUUUUCUAUGAUAUUUUAGUAUAACACCCAAUAUUAUACCCUUUACAAAUUUGCAAGUUUUUGUUUUUUAUACUCAAAAUUUUGCACAAAAAUUAAGAGCGAGCCAUGAAUCAGCUUGAUUUCUUCAAGAAAUUUAAUAGGUUAAACCCACUAGAACUUUCAUUAACAAUUCUGGGGUUUUUGGUGUUAACUUUGUGUUUAUUUUGUUCUAUGUUUUACUUUGAUAAUAGUAUUGGAAAUGGUGGAAAUGGGCUUAGAUCACGUGCUGCAGUCACGUGGUGGUAUGGGUAUAAUCUCAGUAGUAAUGGGGAAUUUGGAUUUGUUGAGAAAAGUAGUGAAAAAGAUUGUGAUUAUUUUGAUGGAAAAUGGGUUUGGGAUGAGAGUUAUCCACUUUAUAAUUCCAAAGAUUGUUUGUUUGUUGAUGGAGGUUUUAAGUGUUCUGAAAAUGGCAGACCUGAUAAUUUCUAUACUAAAUGGAGAUGGCAACCCAACAAAUGCAAUAUCCCCAGAUUUGAUGCGAAAUUGAUGUUAGAAAACCUUAGGAACAAGAGGCUUGCAUUUGUUGGUGACUCAAUCGGAAGAAAUCAAUGGGAAUCCCUCAUGUGUAUGCUCUCUUCUGUAGUAUCUAAUAAGUCUUCAAUCUAUGAAGUACAUGGAAACCCAAUAACAAAGCACAUGGGAGCUUUGGUGUUUAUGUUUCGGGAUUAUAAUUGCACUAUUGAAUACUAUAGAGCUCCAUUCUUAGUGGUGCAAGGCAGGCCUCCUGCUGGUUCCCCACCUAAUGUGAGGUACACUCUGAAAGUGGAUAAGCUGGACUGGAGCUCUGGCAAAUGGAAAGAUGCUGAUGUGUUGAUUUUAAACGCUGGACAUUGGUGGACUUAUGAUAAAACAAUUAGAAGCGGUUGUUACUUCGAAGAAGAAAAUACUGUAAAGAUGAAUAUGACUGUCGAAACUGCUUUUAGACGUUCAAUAGACACUCUUUUUGGAUGGAUAGAUAGUCAAGUAGACAUUAACAAGACAAGUGUCUUCUUUCGAUCCUAUGCUCCCGUGCACUUCAGUGGUGGCGACUGGAAAACUGGUGGUACUUGUCAUUUGGAAACAAUGCCCGACUUGACGACUCCUUACAAGCCUCAAUAUUGGGGCCAUUAUAAUAUUUUGAAUGAUGCACUGUCAGAUUAUGUAAACAGAUCUCAUGCGACUAAAGUAAACUUGUUGAAUGUGACUUAUAUGACGUUACAGAGAAGAGAUGGCCAUUCAUCACUUUACUAUCUGGGGCCAAAACCAGCUCCCAUUCAUCGGCAAGAUUGUAGUCAUUGGUGCUUGCCCGGUGUUCCUGAUACAUGGAAUGAACUUCUGUAUGCAGUAUUUCUCAAGCAGCAAUUACUUCGCUCCAAGAAUUCCACAGUAGAAGCUGAGGCUUCGUAGGUGAAAGCCUUCCUGGGCAUGGUUCAGGAAUUAAUGUUCAGACUUCAGACUCUUGGAAUCUUCAUCUUAACUUAUCUGGAAACUACACACAUUAUUUUGUAAAGAAGUCUUCCCUACUUCAUACUAACUGGAAUGUUGUUGCAUAUGCGGUCGAGUGAUGCAUCUCUUAUCAUCCCUGCUUUGGCUGCUCGAUACUUCUUCAGCUGGAGGUUUACUUUGUUUUGGGGUAUGUCAGAAACUUGCUGGUGUUGUCGAGUGAUUGUUUAGGUGGUUUGUAAAUUUAUACAGUUUGGGUUGACCAUCAAAAGCCAGUCCUCUGCUGAUCAAGAGUUCAUGACUCAGUUACAUCUGCGAUAUGUCUGUGAUGUAGAUGGGGUUGAAAAGUUCUUUACUUCAUGUGAAAACCAGGAAUAGAACAUUAUUAUGCAUUUAUGCGUAACGGAAGCGAAGUAAUGCUGGAGUGGGUAUCAAAUUAAGCAUGGAGUUUAGAAGGGAAGUACAUAAGAAAUCAUAACACAGGUAACUUGUAAUUCUUUUGACAGCAUAUUGAAUUAUAAUAUUUUUUUUUUCUUUUGAUAGAAAGCAUAUUGAAUUAUCUUGAAUGUGAAACACAUGAAAAGCAGCUGAUAGUGAUCUACUGAAUUUUUUGAGAUAAUGUGUGAACAACACGGCUGAAUCUGUUGAUAUA